GUUCCCCCCCUCCACUAAAAAAAGUUAAGUACUGUAGAGGUAGGGAUGAAGAUCUAAGCUACGCUCUAGCCCAGGAACCGUUACAGCCCCCUGCCCUCUCUCAUCUCUUCUCUUCCUCUCUGUCUUCUUUUUUUCCCUUUCCCUUUUUUGCUGUACCGCUUCUUCCUCUCUUCAUCAUCGCAUCGACGGUUGAAGAUGAAGAUCUCGUACUUGUCUGUUGGGCUCCUUGCCCUCUUCAGCCCCUUGGCAGCCGCCUGGAGCAAAGAAGAUCGCGAAAUCUUUCGCAUUCGGGAUGAGAUCGCAAAGUAUGAGACCGACCCUGCUGCCAACUUCUACGACAUCCUCGGCGUCCCUCCCUCUGCCUCGCUCGAUGAUAUUACCAAGGCCUAUCGCAAGCAGACCCGAAAUCUGCACCCGGACAAGGUCAGACAGGGAAUGCGAUCCAAGGCUGCAAAGGACAAGAAGGCUGGCGCAAAGACGAAGCCUCCUACCAAUGCUGAGAUCAAGGCUGCUGUAAAGAAGGCCGGCGAGGCUCAGGCUCGUCUAUCCCUCAUCGCCAACAUCCUUCGUGGCCCCGAGCGCGACCGAUACGACCAUUUCCUCUCCAAUGGCUUCCCUCUCUGGAAGGGCACCGAUUACUACUACAACCGAUAUCGCCCCGGCCUGGGCACGGUCAUCGUUGGUCUUUUCCUCGUUGUGGGUGGUGGUUUCCACUACCUCACUCUGUACAUGAGCUGGAAGCGACAGAAGGAGUUUGUCGAGCGCUACAUCAAGUUCGCCCGCGACACCGCUUGGGGUGGUGGUCUUAACAUCCCUGGCGUCGACGCAGCUCCCGCUCCAGCCCCUGCUGCAUCUCCCGCGCCCGCUAGCGACGAGGAAGAGGCUCCCCCUCUGCCCCAGAACCGACGAGAGCGCCGUAUGCAGGAGAAGGCGGCCAAGCGCGAUGGUGCUCGACCUGCUAAGAAGACACGUCGUGCUCCUCAGGCUUCCUCUGGAACUGCUACUCCUACCCCUGCUGCUGGACCUACUGGUGCUCGCAAGCGAGUUGUUGCUGAGAAUGGCAAGAUCCUUGUCGUUGACUCCCUUGGUGAUGUUUAUCUCGAGGGAGAGGAUGAGGAGGGCGAGGUCCACGAGUUCCUCCUUGACCCCAACGAGCUUGCCAAGCCCACCAUCAAGGACACCGCAGUCUUCCGCGCACCCAUCUUCCUGUUCAACAUCACUGCUGGCCGCUUCCUUUCCAAGAAGCCCACCGACCUCGAGAUCGAGAUCCCUGCCGAGGACGAGGACUCUGAUGUUCCCCAGCCCACCCCCAGCACCGACUCCGCCGGCGAGGACUUUGAGCUUCUUGACAAGAGCACUGAUUCUCUCACCAAGGCCAAGGCAUCUGGCGCUUCGCAGGGCAAGGCUAACAAGCGCAAGGGCAAGAAGAGGUAAACUUUGGGAAUGCUUCCUAACAAAAAGUUGACUGGAGCUAGGAGUGGAUGGAGUUGGUGUGAAAUGGGGAGGAUGUAUUUUGCCAAAAAGGACGAUUAAAUCUUAAAUGCUUGCCAUGUUAUAGUAGAUGCCAUUCAUGAAAAGGACUAGAUUUGGGUAUGCCUUGUGUUCAGUCCAGACUCUGUGCUUUGUGCCUUCAUGCGCCGACUAUCAGUGAUGUUUGGGAUGGUCUUAGUCAAUUGGAGCAAAGACGACUAAGUUAG